AUGGCAGCGAGAGAACUCUUCGCCCUCCUUUUCUCAGCUCUCUUUCUCUGUCUCAUCACGCCCUCCUUUGCGGCGACGAACGUCCUGUACACUGGCCAGGCUAUCCCCACCGGUCAAUACCUGCAAUACGGCAACUACAUUUUUGGUAUGAGGGCCGACUGCAACCUCGUGCUUACCGACACCGGCACUUCAGGAUGGUAUACCGGCAGUUUUGUGUGGUCCAGCGGCACCAGUGGCAAGGGCACCAACUGCCGUGCCCUCCUCCAAGGAGAUGGCAACUUUGUCAUAUACGACGGCAGUGGCAAAGUCGUAUGGGCGACCAAUACUGCCGUUGGCAAUGGCAAAUACGUCGUCAUUCUCCAGCCCGACCGCAACGUCGUCCUCUAUGGCCCAUCGCGCGCGGAGACCGGAACCGCAAUCUAA